UUCCUAGUCUACAGACACAGACCCUGGUCGAACUCGUCAAAAAGUGAUUCUAGCAUAUAGCACUACAUCCUGACUUAUGGAUCCUGCUGAGUAUCGUCGUAGGAGUGUUGUUUGAGAUCAAAUUUCUGAUCAAGAAUGCUUCGACACAAAUAGUUAUGCCCUUUGAGGCUGCAAAAUAAUUAAUGAAACAGGUUUGAGGAUCUAUUCUAGGGAAGUCACACUGGCCACGCCCAUGCGAAACCCAGCGAUUUCUGGACGUUAAUAAUAAUACCGGCUAACGACAAUGUUCCAGUUUUGUCUUUGAUGUUUAUCUAUCUAGAGAUGAAUACAUAUAUCCUGUAAACAAGUGAGAAUCAUACGUUCAUUAUACCUGGAUUGAACUACAGACACAGUACAGUGACAGAACACUAAUGGAUAAGACAGACACGUUGCUCUUUUUCUGUAAUGGAGUCAAGAUCGAGGAGGAUGAUGUGGACCCCGAGAUGACUCUCUUGACCUACCUCAGGACCAAAUUACGCUUGACCGGUACAAAGGCAGCCUGUGGUCAAGGAGGAUGCGGAGCCUGUACUGUAAUGAUAUCAUCUGCUGACCCUUUCACUAAGCAAAUCAGCCAUGUUGCAGUUACUGCAUGUUUGAUGCCUCUGUGUUUGGUUCACGGGAAAGCUGUUACUACUGUGGAAGGACUGGGGGAUGUAAGGAAUGGGUUACAUGCAGUACAGGAGCGUCUUGCCAAGAGUCAUGGUACUCAGUGUGGGUUCUGUACACCAGGUAUGGUGAUGUCGGUGUACACCCUGCUACGCAACAACCCCAAACCCAACAUGGAUGACGUCCUGACAGCCAUAGAAGGCAACCUAUGUCGAUGUACAGGCUAUCGACAGAUCUUAGAUGGAUUCUCUACAUUCUGUGGGGAUAACUGCUACUGUGCCAGAAAGGAAGAAGAGACAAGGGGAAAAGAAGGGGCCCAAGAUGUGAAGGUCCCUUCACUAACCACCAAGGAUCACAAAGGAUAUGAUCCCACCCAAGAACCAAUAUUUCCACCAGAUUUACUGCUUGACAAGGACAUUUUUAAAAGGUCAUUGAGCUUUAGGAACGGUCAAUCUCACUGGAUCCUAGCCUCGUCCCUUGAGGAGGUAACUCGGUUGAAGAACAAGAACCCAGCAGCCCCCUUUAUAGUAGGCAACACCAUUAUAGGUAACAUCAGGAGAGGGGGUGCUACCUUCCCGAUGGUUAUUUCCCCUAGUCCAAGGAUUCAAGAGUUGACUCAGAUCAAGGCAUCCGACCUUGGUGUUACAAUUGGUUGUGGAGUGACCAUGACACAGCUAAGUGAAGAACUAAGUGCCUUGAUAAGAUGCUUACCAGAAUAUCAGACAAGAACAUUUGCAGCGAUCAUCAACUUGCUGAAACAGUACGCCAGCCCACAGAUAAGAAACAUGGCUAGUCUGGGUGGCACCAUCUCAAGUUUUUCCAGAAGAGGAGAUUUAGUACCCCUUUUGAUGAUCUGUGGUGCCACUGCAACAUUGGUACAAGAAGGAGGUGAAAGAGAGGUGAUCCUGGAUGAGAAUUUUAAGAAGUGCAGUGAAAACUCUUUGAAACCAUCAGAGAUAGCUAAGCAUGUCUUCAUACCGUACACAUUAAAGAAUGAAUUCUGUUACUCAUACAAGAUCAAUCAAAGAAGAAGAAACUGUCUUGCCACUGUCAAUUCUUGUAUCUUCUUUGUGAUGGAUGGUGGAAAGGCUAACCAUGUUUCCACUCUUACCAUGAUGUUUGGAGGAGAGAGUCUUCUAGGACCUUUACGAUUUAACAACAGAACACUCGAUCAAGGUCUACUCCAAGAUGUCAUCAAUACGAUAUCUACCAAACUGACCCAUGAAGUAGAUGAUAAAGAAUCUGACCUGAACAGUGCAGAGUUCAAAGGUUGCCUGAUGGCCACGUGUUUCAUCCGAAGCUUUGUCAGUUUAUGCCAGGAAACCGGUCAUUCUGAAAUUCUAGAGCAGACAACUGCUCUUGGUGUUCCUCUCAAUGAUGCUAGUCUUCUCACCAGCCUCUCUGAGGGAUCAUUCUGUAGUGCUCAAGUAUUUCAGCCCCCACCCGAGAGUCAGCCAGAUAUUGAUCCUGUAGGACGCCCUCUAGUCAACCUGUCGGCGUUUGAACAGUGCUCUGGAGAGGCUGUCUACACAGAUGAUAUCCCACCGAUAGAAGGUGAACUGUGUCUUGUUCCUGUACUAAGUAAUCGACCCCAUGCUAAGAUCAUAUCUAUUGAUCCUUCAGAAGCCUUAGCUGUGGUAGGGGUUGUCCAAUUUGUAUCACACACAGAUGUGCCUGGAGUCAAUGGUCAAAUACUAGAUCCUACUGAAGAAGUAUUUGUCUCUAAAACAGUCCAAGCUGUAGGCCAACCCAUUGGAGGUAUUGUUGCCAGAGAUAGGCAAACUGCAACGAGGGCAGCAAAGCUUGUCAGCGUUCACUAUGAGGAUAUUCAGCCUGCUAUUAUGAACAUCGAGGAUGCCAUAGCUCACAGCUCCUACUUCAGUCCUGAGCCAAAGGUGCUGACGAGGGGCGAUGUGGACACUGCCCUCGAUGAAGCGCCUCACAACUUAGAUGGAGAUUUCCGCAUAGGUAGCCAGGAUCAUUGUUACAUGGAACCAAGAGCCUGCAUUGCCAAGCCCCUGGAACGAAAUGGGAUGGAACUGACAGUGACCACCCAGGCACCUAAUAAUAUACAGAUGAAUAUUGCCCACUGUCUUGGCAUAGAUGCAAACAAAGUAGUGUGUAAAUUGAAGCGUCUAGGAGGAGCAUUUGGUGGAAAGGAUGGCAGGCAUCAGUUUGCUAUGAUUACAGCUGUUUCAGCUAAUAAGGUCCGUAAGCCUGUCAGGUUGUGCCUAUCAAGAUUGGAUGACACCAUCAUGAGAGGGUUUAGGAGCCCUUUUCUUGCCAAGUACAAGGUUGGCUUUGAUGAUGAAGGAAGAAUCGUGGCUCUGGAUGUUAAGCUUUAUUGUGAUAGCGGAUGGAGCCAAGACCUUUCACCCUUUAUUCUUACCCGAGCAAUGCUUCAUUUGGACAGUGCAUAUUCCCUGAAGCACUGCCGAAUCAGCGGUUAUCUGUGCAAGACAAAUAAUCCUUCUUACACAUCAAUGAGAGGCUUUGGUUUACCGCAGGCCACAAUGACCAUGGAACAUGUUUUGUCAGAAGUGGGACUAGCACGAAACAUUCCCCAGCUACAGGUUCGUGAGAUUAACUUAAAGAGUGAUGGGGAAGCGAUGUACGAAGGCCAGGCUCCACUAAACAUGGCAAUCAUUAAGAAUUGUUGGACGAAAUGCCUCGAGCAGAGUAAAUAUGAGGAGAGACUGCAGGAGAUUGAGAGGUUUAAUAAGAGCAAUCGAUGGAAGAAGCAGGGUAUAGCAAUUAUCCCCAUGAUAUAUGGGACUGGCUUCUCUGAUUGGACGCCUAUGAACCAGGGAGCAGCUCUGGUAAACAUCUAUACUGAUGGCUCCGUUCUUGUUCAUCAUGGUGGGGUUGAAAUGGGUCAGGGUCUGCACACCAAGAUCAUUCAGAUUGCUAGUAGAGUUCUCAGUCGACCUGUGGAGAAGAUACACACCUCUGAUACCUCAACAGAUCGUGUCCCGAAUGCGACCGUAACUUCAGGUAGCCUUGGGACAGAGCUCUUUGGAGGGGCUGUUAAGAAUGCUUGUGAAACCCUUAUUGAACGAUUGAAGCCAUUCAAGGAUGCCAACCCAUCAGGAGCCUGGGAGCAAUGGGUAUUUGCUGCUUAUUGUGCCAAAGUCAGUCUUUCUGCUACUGGAUUCCAUAGACUGGAAGGUAUGGAUUGGGACUGGCAAACCAAGAAGGGGAAUCCUUACGCUUACGACACAUACGGGGUGGGCGUGUCACAGGUUGAGAUAGAUUGCCUUACCGGUGAGCACAGUCUUCUUCGUACAGACCUCGUGCUCGAGAUUGGAAAGAGCAUCAAUCCUGCUCUCAAUAUCGGACAGAUUGAAGGAGGCUUCAUCCAAGCAUAUGGAUACUUCACCAUGGAACAGGUUAAGAUGUCUAGAGAGGGCGCCCUACUCACCCAAGCUCCGCAGACCUAUAAGAUCCCCUUGGCAUCAGACAUACCUCCUGAAUUUAAUGUGACGUUGCUGAGGGAAGGCUUGGAUAAUAUCAACACGGUGUACUCAUCAAAGGCCGUAGGAGAAUGUUCUAUGGUAUUGGCCAUCUCCGUGCCCUUUGCCAUUAAACAUGCCACCACAUCAGUGCGACAGGAUCUCGGGAUGGUGGGUCCAUUCACACUCAACUCUCCAGCUACAAUAGAAGAAAUUAGAAUGGCCUGUGGAGGCAGCAAAUUGAUCAAAUGUGAAAGGAGCUCAAAUGAUGAAGAAUGAAGGUGUACAGGUAUGAGGGUCCAUUCACACUUGACUCUCCAGCUACAAUAAAAGAAAUUAGAAUGGCCGGUGGAGGCAGCACAUUGAUCAAAUGUGAAAGGAGCUCCAAUGAUGAAGAAUAAAGAUGUACAGGUAUAAUGUUUCACAGAUUCUAUGGACAGGAGAGAAGGUGCGAUAGUUCAGUCCGUCGAGCAGGGGAUUCAGAUUCUGGUGACCCGGGUUCGAUUCCCACUUGGUGCACUAGUGCCUGUUGGUGUGGCAUCUAUCCACAUUACUACAAGGUCCCUCGGAGAGGACCUGGUUGCUUGCUUACAUGCUUUCUUAGCAGUCAAUGUAAACAGCACCACCACUCUUUUCAUUGAAGUGAAACAGAAAUAUGCUGUCACUGUUUACUGUUUUGGCAUUAAACUUUCUUGUUCGGUAAUCAGGAAUAUGCUUUAGCCUUACCUCAUUAUGUACUCUUGAACAACUGUACAACAAUAUCCGUAGUGUAUGUAUUUAUAAUACGAACAGAAGGGUUGAAUUGAAUCUUCUCUUCAUAUCAUACUCCAUUUAUAUUAUGUUUAUAUAUUUAUUCAUAUAAAUAAUAAGAGUCUGAUAUUUAUGGGAAUGUUAGUUUUCUAAAGUAUUGUAAAUGACCUUGUUUCAAAGGCUUUUGUAUUCUUUCACAGUAUUGACGUCAGAAAAAUACAUUUUUUUGCAAUUUCCUGUUGGAUAUAAUCCCCCCCCCCAAAAAAAAGAAUAAUGGGAAAGAAUUGGAAAAGAAAUAGGCUGUCUUGUUAAACAGCAAUUGCUGUGUUAGAAAUGCCCUUGUUCUCCCCUUGAGAAGAUAUGCCAUGAAUCAUUUUGGAUGGAUAAUCAUCAUAAAUGAUCAUGCAAGAUUAUUAGCAAACAUUAUGUGUAAUUUUUCUUUUUAUGUCCAAACUUUUUUAAACUCACAUGGUAUGAUGAAUGAUUUUCCAUGAAAUUUAUGAAAGUGGUAUUCGUAUUACUUUCCGAAUUUCAAAUUAUGAUAUCAAUCUUAUUACUGUAAUUAUAUUCAUUUAUAAUAACAAUCAG